AUGCUUUCCCGUACUGUUAGAUUUGCUUGCCAGAAGAGGCUCUUGUCCUCAGCAAGACCUUUACUCAACAAGACCACUGCAGUGGGCACUGAGGCUGAGAGAAAAGUGAAAACCGCUCAAGACUUGGCCGAAGUCACCGGCCCGGAAUCCUUGAUCGGUCCCGGUGCUAAGGCAGGUACCAUCCCCACGGAUCUCGACCAAGCUACCGGUUUGCAGAGAUUGGAACUUUUGGGUAAGAAGGAAGGUGUUGAUGUUUUCGACAUGGAAAUGCCAAUCACCGAAGGUAAAGGUACCAUGGAAGACCCAUUCUUGGUUCCAACGUACGUCGGCUACAGAUACGUUGGAUGCAAAGGAACUGCUGAGCUUGAUCACAAACCAUACUGGAUGAAAGUAGAGGAAGGUAAAGUAGCUAGAUGCUGGCAAUGUGGUACCGUUCUUAAGGCUAAAUACUUGGGUGAACCAGGUAUGGCUCAUUAA